AUGUCCUUGGAUUGGUUGAACCAUUGGCGUACAUGUUUCGCUCAAAGGAGAAAGCCUGCAGAUGCUGGACAAGAUGAGCAGAAUUUGAUUGUCAAGGCAGGCGCUUUGCAUCCGUUCUUUGGCGGCGAUUUGCCCAACGUGCAUCUUGCGCUUCGGCACCAGGCCCCGCAUCCUUACCCAUCAAGAGCGAUUCCGUCGCGAGCUCUCCAGGAGGAGGACUAUGUUGAAGCAGUCUCUGCCCUCAUUGAGAGAGACUUCUUUCCAGACCUGCCUCAUUUGCGAGCUCGGUAUGAGCUGAUGCAAGCUCGACUUCGCGGUGACACGGCCCUCGUCAGGGCAUUGGAGAAGAAGCUGCUGGACAUGCCCAGACCGACUCCAGGACAGACGCCAAGGACGCCGCAGGCCGAGACACCGAACCCAUCCACCCCCAUGGCCGCAGCCAACGCAGCUGCUGCACGACUGAGUGCAUGGGAAAGAGACGAUGCAGAAAGUGUCGUCAGCGGGAAUCUCAUGAGCAUGGCCAACCAUCAGCAGGUUUUGCUGCGACUCACCAGCGGUCGCGAGGUCCUGGUGGACCUUUCAACAGUCCGUUUGGAUCAGUUUCAGCAAGUGUUUACAUCAGAAGAUAACGCCUCCUUUGAAGCUGUUUUGGACAGAGACAAGGAACGGCGCAGACAGAAGGAAUGGUGGGUCGAGAACUCGGAAGAGAAGCAUAACACAACGUGCAAGCAGCUGUCUUUGGAGUUUCAGAAGGAAGAGGCCUGCAGCACCGGUGCUAUUAUGACCUGCGAGUUUCAGGCAAGGAAUACCUUCUACUUCAAGCCCCGAGGCGAGUCUCAGAUCCCCAUGGACAAGCCACUUGUGGAGUCCAGAAACACGCGUUUCACAACGCAAGAGCAAUCAGAUUUGGACGAGACUUUGAUGGCCGCUCUUGCUGCGCGCCAGGCGCGUGAGAAUGGCCAGAAGUUAUCAGAGGUCUUGGCGAAAAUGGUGAAGGAUGGCACAUUUUCGAUCGCCUCCCUGCACAACUACGGCCAUGUGCGAGCAGUUGGUGGAAGAUUGCAGACACCUUUGGGGGGACCGUCUUUUCCCAUGGUCAACACUCCGGCAUUCCUUCCCGGUGAGAAUGGUUUCUCACCAUUGAUGACAUUUGGAAAGAUUGCUUCUACUCCCCGGGUGUUGGAGGAGGAAGCCGGUCCUUCCUUCCGAGUGCAGGAGGAAUCCGCGAGGGAUCGAGCUGCGGAGAAGCUGGCCAAAGGAGCCAUGCAAAGGCAGCGGGAGUCCAAGCAAAACUCCAAGAAGGAAAGGCUGAAAGCACUGGGGCUAACACCCAACUCGGCGACUCCCUCGGUGCGGACCACCCCGGCCUCAGUUGCCUCGAAGGUAACACCCAUGUCGCCCAUUGGACAGCUUCUGCAACGGGCGCAGAGGAUGGCUCAGCGCGGCGGCCGUCUGAAGAUCGGAGCUUCGGAGGGAAGAGAGGCAGCAUGGCAGAGGUUGACAUGGAGAAGAUCCGGCGAGUACACUGGGUGGGGCACAGCGAGUGCGUUCUGGAGCGGACCACCAGGAAAAUCAGCCUCACCAAGGACGCCAAGCGUCUCAAGCGGGACUGCCAGAAAGGUACGGCCCGUUAGCGUCACUCCGUCUCCAAAUGCGUCGGAGAAGGCAACUCCCAGGCUAGAGGAGAACGUCCCAGUUCCGGAUGCCCAACCAGCCAAGCUCGACGCGAAUCAACCUGACACGCAGCAAAGCACUUGCGGCGAAGUCGAGUCGGCACAUCAAGGGCUCUCCUCAGAGGAGAGCAUGGCGGGAACUUCGGUGGAGGUCAUCAGCCUGACGCUGCAUGAACAGCAGUCGCAGGGAGGGAGCACCUGCCAUUCCACAGAAGCGCUAGCCAUCCAGUCAGCAGCCUCAGAGGGCCCAAGCCUGUCAGAAGCUGCUCGCAGUAUCAUCGCAUCAAAACAAGACGUGUCCGCAGCGCUGACAGCAUGUCCGUGCACAGGCCCCUCAGUCUCGCCAAGCGAAGGUCUUGGGGCGUUGGCAGCUUACGCGCCAUUGCCGCAAGGCAUGUCGCACCUGGUGAAGGCCCCGGUGUUUGCGGCAGCCUCACCUGCUACAAGGACUCGAGCUUCUCCUGUGGGCUCCACCCGCAUUGCGCAACCCGAGGUGCCAAGCAAGUCAGGACUGAGCUCACCUGGAUCGCAGAAGCACGAGCUCGGGCAGGCAGCUGGAGGUUCAUGGAGCCAGCCCUCCCGGCAGACGUGGUCACCUCGUGUGGUGCCUCCGGCCUCGCCCCUUCUGUCUGGUGCAGGCUUCGUAUCAACUCGGCAGACGUGGUCGCCGCGCGCGCCAAACGCUCAGGAGCUUCCCUCACCGGCCAAGGCAGGAAGCUGCACGCCCUCAGCACCCUCAGCACCCUCGACACCCUCGCGGCCCGUCGUUGUUGCUGGCAGUAUGACGCCCACAACUUCGCUACACGCUGUACCAGUGGGCGUGCCAACUGCUUCACCUUCAACAUUUGCUCCAGCUGCGAUGUCAUACUUGCCCUCACAGUCAGCCACACCGACGCUGCCCGUCCGACGUGCGGAGCAGGGAGCCGUCGCUUCGCCAAGGUAUGGCCUGAGGCCAGAAUCUGUAUCGGGCUAUGCCUCCGUGCCGAUGCCGCCAAGGGACUACCCUGCUUCCCCUGCAAAUGCGCUGGCAUCGCCGGCAAGUGCUCAGCGUCGAAUUCCAGGCUUUAGUGGCAUUGGCUACGCCCCAGUACACCAAGUUCAUGUUUCGAAGUCUCCGGCGCUGACGUCAAACUUGUCAUCGAUGAUCCCCUUUCUGACUUCCAACGCGGGCACAGCAACAGGAACGGGUCUUCACUACCCGCCGAAUGCCCCACUAAGGGGCAGCCGCCAGCCUGAGUCCAUUGCGGAGGUUAUGCCGCCCAAGCUGGCCAAGAUUCUGCAUGCCGAUGUUUCCCCGCGCUACAAUGUGUCCAAGGCGGGCACGUUGCAGGUGCGGCAGCAGCGCUUGGCCGCGCGGCCGACCCGCACCAACGAUGCCGAGGACAAGGAUGGCUACUGGGAGGUAGCAGAAGGCAAGCAGGAGUACAUCUACACCGUCUAA